AUGGCGGAUAUUAUGCCAAUUAUUCGCGUGCGCCGCAAAAGGUCAGCGGAUCCUCAUGCGGCUCUUAUCAUGGAAACUAAAAAGCGUAAGGAGGAUCCGCUACUUUUCUCCUUGUUCAAAACUGAAACCGCCAGUGAUAUCAUGGAUGGAAUAACUGGUGCACGAGUUAUCGAGUUCAAAGCUGGAUGUUCAAAUGAAGCUGAAGGUAAAGGUCUUGAAUUCAUUGGUGAACACAGCGAUGGUUCUGCUGGCCCGAGCGACGAUUCCAUGGGAGAUAAUAACAUUGCUGAGAACGAAGCCGUGAGAUACGACUAUUACAAAAUAUAUCGAGGAUCAAUGACAGAGCCAAUAAAGCAGUGGAAUUCUGACAUCGAGCUGAGAUUCGCUACUGAGGAAGAGCAAACCUUGCUCCUUGGAAAUUCCGAUUCCGAAAGUGAUUGUGCGGCAGACGACGAUGAUGACUCAAAUGAUGAGAAUAACUGGAGGAACGAUUAUCCCGAAGAAGAGGAUGACGACGACGACGAUGACACAGAAGACGAGGAUUUGAACUAUUAUGAUGAGGACGAUAGAAUGGUUCGUAGAAACGUCUACGAUGAACACGAUGAGUCUCCUUUUGCCCUUGAACGCAUGCGACGUCGCCUUGAAGGUUUUGAAAUGGGAGUGUAUGAAGGGGAAGAGGACGAUUCGGAUGACGACUACAUACGCGGAGACUAUAGCCGUAAGAGUACUCCUGACUACGGUGAUUACGACAUACGGUACCGUGAGGACUAG